GGUUGAGUGAGUUGUUUAUCUUCUUUUCGAUUUUAAAGUUCAGAAAGAAUUCUGUCCGAUUGACGACGCUCAGAGAAAACUAAUCGCGUGGAAAUAAUUAAAAUUAUCAUGGCAUUCCAAAAUGGUGAAAAUAUACAACUUGUACAUUUUUAACAACGCUGGGACCCUACUGCAUUAUGCGGAGUGGAAUCGCACCAAGCAGUCAGGCAUAACAAGAGAACAUGAGGCGAAGCUUAUGUAUGGAAUGCUAUUCUCAAUCAAAUCGUUUGUGGCCAAAAUGUCCUUGACUGACCCAAAAGAUGGAUUUCUGUGCUACAGAACCAACAAGUAUGCCCUGCACUUUUAUGAGACUCCAACGGGAACCAAAUUCGUUCUCAAUACUGACUCAACAGCUGGCAAAAUGACUGAAUUCUUGAAAAACCUCAAUUCACAGAUUUUUGUCGAGUACGCUGUGAAGAACCCAAUGGUAGACCUUAGUCAGCCGAUCAAAAACGAUCUUUUCUCUGCCAAAUUGGAUGCGUUUAUCAAAGGCUCUCCAUUGUAUGUCAGUUAAAAAAGCAAUGGUCAUUACAUGAAA